AUGUCCGACAUCUGGGAUGACGAGGAAGUGAGAGAAACGCCCAGCGAGAUCACACGAGUGAAGCGCGACCACUCACAGGCAGGCUACCUUGCUGGAGUCACAAAGGCCAAAGACGAAAGUCUGCAGGAGGGCUUCAACGCAGGAUACCCCAUUGGAGGCCAGCUGGGGCUCUCUAUCGGGCGUAUUUUCGGCUAUUUGCAGGGAAAGGGUCUUGUUGAGGAGGAGAAGCAGGCCCGCAAAGAACUCAGCAGCACGAGGAUCUUCGACAGACAGUAUUGGACCACUGAUGCUGCUCCUACAUAUGAGGGAGUGCAUCCUCUGGUGAAGCAAUGGGAGAACAAGAUUGACGUCAUGAAGCGGGAAUAG